AUCACCCGUGAAUCUGGCCGAACCUGUAAUGGGUUUGCUAAGAGAGAACUGCUUUUAUUGUCAUACCCACUUAACACGGAUCCUCAGAAAUAAUGGCUGCACGACUCUCGAAUAUAGCUUAUAUAUUUUUUCGUACCAGGCAAUAAGUUAUAGAAAAUAUAAACCCAAUUUUACGUAAAUAAAACCGUAAAUCGGGGGAGAUUAAGAGUAUACUGUAUCGAUAUAAAACUGUAAAGAAGAAUUUGCAGGAAUAUAAAAUAAACAAAUGCAUGGUUUCUAAUUGGUCUAAUUUUUCUCUUGGAUAUUUGCUGCCAUUUACGCCCCCACACCAACUGACAUUUCGACAUUUUCUCGUGUCUAGGAGAAAACUCAAGAGAGCGGAAAAAAGAACGAAAUUGUAGUAUUGGAUACGAAACGUUCGAAUGCCAUCAACAUCGGUCUGACCAAGCUUCCGCCUCCGAGGACCAUUAAAACGGCCAUUCUCAAAAUGGACAGCAUCAUCAUGAACAGGGAAGGAAUCGAAAAAAUUCUGACGACCAUGAUGCCGACAGAAGAGGAGAAAACGAAAAUAACAGAAGCUCAAAUGGCCAAUCCGGACGUACCUCUGGGUUCCGCCGAGCAAUGUCUGCUCAUUCUAUCUUCUAUUAACGAAUUAGAAGCCAGGUUGAAGUUGUGGGCUUUCCGCCUGGACUACGACACUAUGGAAAAGGAAGUUGUGGAACCAUUGAUGGAUCUGAAACAAGGAGUUGAAGAAAUAGAGAAGAGCCAAACAUUCCGGUCAAUUUUGGCAACACUUCUCUCCAUUGGCAACUUUUUAAAUGGAGUGGAGGCCAGGGGCUUCAACAUAGAAUAUUUAGCAAAGGUUCCCGAAGUGAAAGACACUGUCCAGAAGCAUUCUCUUCUUCAUCAUCUGUGCCAGUUCGUCAUGGAGAAGUUCCCUAAUUCGACGGACUUGUAUUCGGAAUUGGGUUCUGUGGCCAGAGCAUCGAAGGUGGAUUUCGACGAGGUGAACAGGAAUUUAACUAAAAUGGAGAACGAGUGCAAGGCAUCUUGGGACUAUCUGAAAGUAAUCGCCAAGCACGACGGCUCCACCUCCAUGAGAGUCAAGAUGGCGGAAUUUUUAGCCGAGUGCGCGGAAAGGAUCAUCAUCUUAGGAAUUAUCCAGAGGAGAGUACUUAAUAGGUUCUAUAAGUUGCUGGUGUAUUUCGGUUUCGUCGCUCACACCAUAAAAGACGUCAAAGUCAAUCACAUCUGCAAAAUUAUAUGCGAAUUCGCUCUGGAAUACAGGACGACCAGAGAAAGGGUGAUCCAGCAGAUGGAGAAAAAAGCAAGUCACCGCGAACGUAACAAGACCAGAGGAAAAAUGAUUACCGAAACGCCAAAAUUCCGAACCAAAGAGCAGCAGGCUGACCGGGAACUCAGGCAGAUCCUGAAGAACGGAAACGUGGAAAACGAAGAAUCCAGGUCACACAAGUGGGAUAAAAUGUUACCCGGAAGUAAAGGGCGACCGAAACUCGUUCCUGGUGUGGGACAUAAACCCGGAAGACACGGACCCGUCCUCAGAGACGAAAAUCUGACUGAUGCAGAUGACGAAAUACUUGAGAGUCUGGUGAAGACUGCCACCACGCAACCCACCCGAACGGAACCCAGAGUCAGGAAGAAGGCUCGUUACGGCGAUAGAAAGUCACUUCGUCGAACCCUGAAGAGCGGACUGGAUUUGCCCGAAGAGAAUAAAUAUUCGACCAGACCUUACACCUGAAUCUGUACCCCCUCUGGAUUCUGACGUAGGGGUUCUGCCUCCAGAGCAGCGGAACCUCGGGGGGAGUGAAUUUUCCCGGGUUGGAGUCGGCUCGACCGUCGAUACAUACACACACAAACAAACAAACACACACACACACGCACUGAUCUAAAGUGUAGCGCAAUUGUUCUUAUUGUUAGUUCUAUGGCUAUUAAUUAUUAUUAUUUUUUGUUUUUAUAAAUUUAAAAUAUUUUAGAGCCGGAAGUUCUCUACAUAGAUUUUUUUAAUUUAUUUAUAACCGGGCGACCAGAGUUCUAUUGUAUUUAAGUUUUUAUUAAAGCGUCGCGUCGCCCCCCGUGUGUAUAUAUACGUGCGUCCGAUCGUACUUUCUGCCUCGUUUACGUCACGUGCGUGUUUAUCACCCGGAUUUUGCCAUUGUCGAAUUUCCCGCCGUCGCGCGCGACCUGACGACCAAAUGUACUUUUUGGACGUGUAAAUAAAAAGAAAUUCUAAAUAAUUGUUCUCCAUCAGAAAUAAUGGAAAGUGAAUAAAUCUGUUUCCAGACUCCAAAACACUACACAUUUCGAUAAACAGUAUACAAGUCGACCCCCCUAUAACAC